GGCCUUCCAUACCCAACUGUUUUUUACGUUUUGUCACUAUCUGUCACUAUCUGGAGCUGCCUUCGAAAUUUCGAAAAGCCACGAGUUCCACCGCCGGCCGACAGAGGGCAGUACCGCACCGCAUAUUCGCUAAGGUACAGGAGGAGGGUUUGGAGCCAGCGAGAAGUUCCUCUAAGGCUCAGCCCUCCCUUUUCGGUUCCGUCGCUUGCAUCUCCGAAUUGCACGCCGCGGCAGGGUCAGUGGUGCUACCGGGAUGGCUGUGAAUCUGAGCAAAAACGGUGCUGCGCUUACGGCUGCCUACAAAGACGUAGUGGACGAGAAGUCGCAGACCAACUGGGCCUUAUUCACAUAUGAGGGCAAUACCAAUGACAUCCGAUUGGCUGAGAAAGGAGAGGGUGGUCUGGAGGAGCUUGUGGAGGAGCUGAGCAGCGGGAAGGUCAUGUACGGCUUUUGCCGGGUUCAAGACCCAAACUCCGGCUUGCCCAAAUAUGUCCUUAUUAACUGGACUGGAGAAGGUGUGAAAGAUGCCAGGAAAGGACAAUGUGCAAAUCACGUCAGCUCCAUCGGCAAGUUCUUAAAGGGUGCCCAUGUCACCAUCAAUGCCCGAGCAGAGGAGGAUGUCGAGCCGGAGUCUGUCAUGCAGAAAGUUGCCAAGGCCUCAGGGGCCAACUACAGCUUUCACAAGGAGUCCAACCGCUUCUGUGACACUGGCCCUCGGGUCCCCGUGGGAUCCGUCUAUCAGAAGACCAAUGCUGUAUCAGAAAUUAAAAAAACCAACAAGGACAACUUCUGGGCUCAGGCUGAGGUAGGAGGACAUCCUGGCCACCAGAAUUCAAAAUUAAACUACAUGGUCAUGCGCGUGUGCAGGUGCCUGUGCAGCAUGGUCAUGCGCGUGUGCAGGUGCCUUGUCAGCAUGGUCAUGCGCGUGUGCAGGUGCCUGUGCAGCAUGGUCAUGCGCGUGUGCAGGUGCCUGUGCAGCAUGGUCAUAUUAUGCGUGUGUGCAGGUGCCUGUGCAGCAUGGUCAUGCGUGUGUGCAGGUGCCUUGUUCACUGUGUGUAACACCAAUAUGGCCUCUUGUUCCCAGGAGGAGCAGAAAGAGUCCUGUGCGACACAUGGAGACUCUGCUAAAGCCAGUGUGGCAGCCCUUCCCAUCGCGAAAGGCUCCGUAAGUCCUAGGGACGUUUUUCAGCAGGAGAGAGACGUGGCUUCCAAAAGCACUGCUGCCAGCUCGCAACCAGAAACUGAGCCAUCAUCCAAUGGGAAGAAGGCCCCCACCUAUGAGGCUGCCCCCCCAGUGGAAGAGGAAGAGCUAUAUGAGGACAUCACAGAGGACAACACUGUCCAAGAGGAGCCCCCGCAGACUGAGGUGUCUGCCACAGAAAACGCAGAAAGUCACGGCACCUGUGCCAAGGCUCUGUAUGACUACCAGGCUGCCGACAACACUGAGAUCUCCUUUGACCCGGAUGACAUCAUCACAGGAAUAGAGAUGAUCGAUGAGGGAUGGUGGCGUGGCUACGCCCCGGACGGGACCUUUGGCAUGUUUCCAGCCAAUUACGUCGAGCUCUUGUAGGCCUUCUCUCCUCUCAGCGGCCCUGCCACUCGCCGGAAAGAGCGACAUCAUGCUCAGACCGCCAGAGGCCCCGUACAGUACCACAAAGGCCUUAACAUUUGGUGCUUUGCCAUUUGAAAAGCCAAACGCGGAGCGAUUUUGAAAAGUGGGAAAAUUCAAGGCUGGGCUCAUGCCUGACAGUUGUGGUUUAUCAGAAAACUUCAUUUCUUUCCUUUGCUUGUUUUCUCUAACACACACUCAGUGUUCAUUCUAAAAGUAGGAAAUUAAGUUGCCAUUCCUGGCUUUGUUAAUCUGUUAAUGCUGUGUUGUCCAUGCCUGCUCUGGUAAGUCUGUGACAGUGCAGUGUCUCCACUGGUAUGCAGAGGUUUCUUUCAUUGUAUCUGAUUUUUUUUGUUUGGUAAUUGCUGUUGAAACAUUGAAAUUUCCUUUUACAUUUUGUAUUUUUUUAUACUUUUAACAUUAAGUAAUGUAAAUGGGGAUGCUUGUAGAAAAAUAAAUGAGCUUAAUAUUAAUGUGGUCUGGUUUGACCUGGCUACACUGCUGCAAGCAAGUGCUCCCCCUAGUGGCUGCAUUGAAUUAACUUUUUGGACCAUGUUCAUAUAGCAAGUGACUUGACCUGUAAUGACAGGCAUGCCAUAGGCUGCAGUCUGUUCACUUUUAUGAUGUCAGCAUGAAACUCCUCAGUCAGACUCCUCAAUCAAACUAGAAUGAAAUUAUAUAACAUUGUUGUCUGCUGUGAAUUUUUUGAAGAUAAUUAUGAAAGGGUGUGUUCUUGUGGAGGGCGAAAACAUCCAGCCCAGGUUAGCGGUUACGCAUGCACAAACCUCAAUACUACACUUAAAUCAGGGUAACAUUGCUUCUGUACUAUUGUAAUUUAAUCUGAUUUUGAAAAUAAGGAAACUGGAAUAAAUAUACAACAUUUUAAAGAGUAAACCUAAAAUAACCUUGA